AUGGCCACAACGACGGAGACACAAGACAAGGAUGGUACCACGUUCAUUGAACACUCUGCCAGCCUCGAGCCAGGCCUCACAGUCGAGAAGACACUUACCGAUGCUGAGGUCACUGGCAAGUUAGACAGCAUCAGCACCUCCAUGGCCAACCAAGGCACCCACACUGAGCAUGAGCUCACUUAUCUCGAGGCGCUGAAGAUCUAUCGUAAAGGCGCCUUCUGGUCGAUAUUUUUUUCUCUGUCCAUCAUCAUGCGCGCAUACGACAUUGAAAUAACCGGGAAUUUCUUCGCCCUCCCAUCGUUCCAGAGUCAUUUUGGCCACGAAGUACCUGGCCACGGCUAUCAGAUACCUGCCAACUGGCAGGUCGCCAUGUCUAUGGGUUCCCUUGUUGGACAGAUCAUUGGCGCAUACAUUGUCGCAUGGCCAAUGGAGAAGAUUGGGCGCCGGAAGACGCUCGCAGUGUAUCUCCUAUUAACCUCAGCUUUGGUGUUCAUGCAGGUCUUUGCUCCAAACAUCGAGGUGCUGACAACAAGCAUGUACCUGUCAGGCAUUAUCUGGGGGGGAUACUGCGUCCUAGCUCCAACUUACGCGUCCGAGUGUCUUCCGAUGAAACUCAGAGGUUUCUUGACCGGGUAUAUCAACCUAUGCUACGUGAUGGGUCAGUUCAUUCAAACGGGAAUCACGAGGGGCUUCAUCAACAGAGCGGACAAGUGGGCAUACAAGAUUCCCUAUUGCAUACAAUGGGCGUGGCCAAUUAUCAUCCUCCCAGGCUUAAUUUGGGCCCCCGAGAGCCCUUGGUGGCUUGUGCGUCAGCAUAAGAUGGAGGAGGCAGAGAGGUCUCUGAAGAGAUUGUCAGAAAGGCACGAAAAAGUGGAAGUGACGAAUACUCUGGCCAUGAUGGUGAAAACUGAUCUCUACGAGCGCGAAGUUGAAGUAGGAACCACUUACAUUGAUUGCUGGAAGGGCCCAAACCGUAGAAGAAUGGAGAUUUGUAUCAUGCUUUUCGUCAUCCAAAACUUUUCGGGCAACCCGGUCGGCUUUGCCACAUAUCUCUUUGAGCAAGUCGGGUUGAGUGCCAAACACUCAUUUGACAUGGGCCUUGGUCUCAAUGGCCUUGGUUUCCUUGGGACUCUUGCAUCCGCCAUCCCACUCAUUUAUUUCGGGAGACGCCUCUGUUAUAUGGCGGGUUUGGGCUAUAUUAUUGUCAUUCUCUUCAUUGUGGCCUUUAUGUGUCUUGCGUCAGGCUAUGCAAGCAACCCGUCAUACUCUUGGGCGCAAGCGGCGCUCUUGUGCACCCUGCAGUUCGUUUGGCAAAUGACUCUCGGCCCACUUACCUACGUUGUGGUCUGUGAAACUCCAUCCACGAAACUCAGGUCGAAGACCAUAGCUCUGGCAACGGUGAUCGAUGCAGCAACAGGACUGGUCACCACAGUUAUCGGCCCGUACCUCCUUAACCCUGGCGCGGCAAAUGCUGGGGCCAAGAUCGAGUUCUUGUACGGCGGUAUCUCGAUCAUCUCACUCACAUGGUGCUUUUUCCGUCUUCCAGAGACCAAGGAUCGGACUUUUGAAGAGUUGGAUAUCUUAUUUGAGAAACAAUUGCCAGCGCGACAGUUCAAGGACUAUGUUUUUGAUCGUUCUGACGAGUAA